CCGCCCACGCUUUUCCGACUCCAUGGCCAUGAACUGAGGGUAGCAGCAGGCCCUUUGAUCUCCACAGCGCUAUUGAAUCAGCUUUUGGUGAGCAUUCAAUUUCGACAGCUUCUUCUUUUACAAAUCAAUCUGAUUGAGCAGAUUUUUGCAGCGCUGGUUCCUCAAACCCCAUCCUUAAAUGGACCGAACUAGUUCAUUCGACACCGUCUAAUUAGAGCAAAUCCAGCUGGGAUUUCAUGCAUCUCUCUUUCUCUAGAAAAGUGUAGGAAAGGUCGGAUUCUUUUGGCAGUGGCAUUGUGGUAGCGUUAGAGACUUGGGUCGGUCCUACAUCGGUAAGAGGAAAUAUAUGGAGAAUCCUUCUUCUGCAUUGAGUAGGCAUCAGUUUCAGAGCAAGAAAGCCACGGAGAAAGGCAAUGACAGAAUCAGUCAACUGCCCGAUGCCGUGCUUCAUUACAUCCUUUCCUUGAUGCCGAUGAAAUUCAUGGUAAGAACAAGCAUUCUCUCAAAGAGAUGGAGGAACUUGUGGAAAGACAUCUGGGCUUAUUCUACUGCUCUGGACUUUGGUGCCGAAUUCGCGACUGGCCAAACCCGGGAAGAAUUCGUGUCUACCGUUAACCAGUAUCUACAACUCCACCAAGCCAAGGAGAUUGAGGUGUUUCGGCUCUCGCUUAUUCCAUGCAAUCUGUCAUAUGCCGAGAAAUGGGUCAAAUUGGCAGGAGCAAAAGGAGCUAAGGAGGUUGAUAUCCAUUUCCGUCAAAAUACAUAUGAUAAUGGAUACAAAUUGGAUUGUUUGCCUCAUAUAUUGCCUCGUAAAUUGCUAAACUCAACCUUUAGUAGAUCGCUUAACUCCAUCUUUAGUUGUGAUUCUAUAACCCAAUUAAAUUUGAGUUGCUGCUAUUUACACCGGAGGUUGAAUUUCAAAGGUUACCCCUACCUCAAAAAGCUCCAACUAAGCACUGUUAGAAUUACAAAUGCCCUGUUUGAAAGCAUGCUUUCAAAUUGCCCGCUUCUGGAGGAAUUGAUUUUAAGGAAUUGCCAAGGUCUGACUAGUGUCAAGGUUUCCACUCCGAAUCUGCCACUUAAGAGGUUGACACUUAUCGACUGCUGGUAUGCCAGUGAGAUUGAGAUUUUUGCUCCCAACCUCCAGUCAUUCCAUUUCUAUGGUAGUUUUAUUAGUAUGUAUUUCAAGAACAUUUUGAGUUUGGUGGAUGUCCUUCUUAAUGGUAUGUUUUCGGAUUAUUGCGUACCUAAGCAUGAUUGGAUUACUAUUCUGCACCAUCUUGGACAUGUUAAGAUUCUGACAUUGUGUUAUGUCGCGCUUGAGUUUAUUGAUGCGGCGGAGGAAUCAGCAACUGCAAAUUUACCUGUUACAUUCCACAAUUUGCAAGAAUUGCAGCUAUUGUUGGAGGGGACCGCAUUUUACCCUCUGGCCAUCUGCAAUAGCUUCUUCAAAAACUGUCCGUGUCCUUGUCUAGAGAAGCUUUUCAUUGAACUUUCGCCUUCCGUUGAGCACCCUUCAACAUAUUACCUGUAUGAGAAACUGCCAGGAGAGGACCCUCUGGAGAUUGUGUUUGAUCAUCUGAAGGUGAUAAAAAUGACUGGUUUUAUUGGGGGUGACCUUGAAAUGCAGUUGGUGAAAUAUUUUUUAGAGAGGUCUAUUGUACUAGAAUUGUUGGUUUUGGUAGCUCCUCAAAACGGUGUCUUCAAGAUGAAGCGUAUUCUUCGCAAGCGGCUAUCGAUCUUGGCAAAGGCAUCAACAUCAAAUGCUCGGAUAUUAAUAUCUGAAUAUUCAGACGACGAUGGUGCCUUAGUUCCGACACAUACCGAUGGUGAUGGUUCUUUAGUCCGGACAGAUAUUUACUAGAUGUGGUAGCUUUGGUCAUGAAGUAUGCUUUCUUUGAGUUUGGAAUGCAAGUUGUUGGAGUUUGGUGAUUCUACAUGAAUGUUUUGCAUUUGUUCGCAUCAAUAUACUUUUUCUGAGCAGGUUCUCAGCUCAGAGAAUUUGGGCCCAUGGUUUGUAAUGUAGACCAUUGGUCUGUUGCAUAAUCCUCUGUAUGCGCCUUCUCAAAAAUUAUCCCGCUGCUCCUGUUGAAGGAACUUUUGGCGCAUGGCCAACUCACAGCAGGACACAACAGAAGAAUUAUCUGGAUUACUAGACAAUGGGUCUCCUUAUCAGAAA